GGGGGCACGCUCCUUCCUUGAGGGGAACGCGGCCCAGUUUCGGCCUCGGCGCUUCUUCCGCGUCCGUUCCCAAUUUCAAACAGAACAAACCUUGGGGUUUUUUUGUAUAUUUUGCACAUUUCUAACCCUUUAUCCUCUCCCUUCCCACCAGCCGACCGCGCGCUUUCGCCCUCCUCCCCCUUUCAUCCACCGAAACAAAAUGGCGGCGGCGCGGGCGGGCGGGAAACCGCGCCUGAGGAGAGCGCCCCCUUCACCCUCAUCCACCAAUAAGAGCGCGGCUUUUCGCCGUCGCUGGGCAGAACAGCGAGGUCGGGACCAAUCAGAAAAUCCGAGCGGCUGGGCGCGGGCCGCACGCGGCGAGGGAAGGAGGGGAAGAGGCGAAGCCGCCGCCACACUCGCGGCGGCCGUUGCGCACGUAGGUGGGGCGGAGGGGGGAGGGGGAGAGAAGGAACAGCGCCUGCGCGCGGCGGGGGAAUCGCCUCGGCGCGCAUGUGCCGCGCUUGCGCGUUACCGCGGCGCGGGCGGGGUUUGCGCCGGCGCGCAGGCGCGGCGCAUGCGCGGUUAGGACGGCGCGCGGCGCGCGGGGGGGCGCGGCUGAGGGGCGGCGGCGGCGCAGGCGCGGCUGAGGCGGCGGCGGCGGCGGGGCGGGACGGGCCCGGCGAUCGCUCCGCGCUCCGGCCGCCCCCUCCCCGCGCCAGCGGCGGCGGCCCCGCCUUGCGCUCUCGCUCUCUUCUCCCCUUCUUCCCCCCCCUUCCCCGUCCCUUCUCCGCCCCCUUCCUUCCGCCCCUUCCCUCCUCAGUCCCCGCCCCGCGGCCUCAGGGCCCGGCCCGGCCUCGCGCUUCGGCCUCGGCGCCGCCGCCUCAGCGCGCCCGCGCUUCCGCUUCCCUUCCCCCCCCGCCCCGCGGCCCCUUCCCCCCCCCUCCCUCCCCACACACCGGCCCCGCCAUGGACGUGAAGCGGCUGAAGGUGACCGAGCUGCGGGCCGAGCUGGGCCGGCGCGGCCUGGACGCCCGCGGGCUGAAGGUGGAGCUGGCGCAGCGGCUGCAGGAGGCCCUGGACGCCGAGAUGUUGGCGGCGGGGCCCGAGGAAGGCGGCGGCGGCGGCGGCGGGGGAGGCCCGGCCGCGGCGGCCUCGAGCUGCGCGGGGGAAGCGGGGCCGGCGGGAGGCCCGGGCGGGCGGCCGCACGGAGGGGAGGAGGAGGAGGAGGAGGAGGAGGAAGAAGAAGAGGAGGAGGAGGAAGAGGAGGAGGAGGAGGACGAGGAAGCGCUGCUGGCGGAUGAGGACGAAGCCGCCGCCGCGGCCCCCGAAGCGGCCCCGGCCCAGCCCGGCCCCCCUGGGGCGGAGGAGGAGGAGGAGGAGGAGGAGGAAGAAGAGGAGGCGGCCCCGGCCGAGCCCGCGGGGUCGGAGCCGCUGCAGCCGCCUCAGGAGGAGGGAGCGGCGGCCGCGGCCGAGGCUGAAGCGGCCGAGGGAGGAGCGGGCGGCGGCGGCGGCGGCGUGAACGGGGCCGAGCGGCCGCCGGAGGAGGCGCCCAGCGGGGAUGAAGCGGCCGCGGCCGAGGCCAAGGAGGAGGAGGCGCAGGCGGGGGAGGAGCAGGACAAGGCCAAGGCCCCGGAGCCCGAGCGCCGGGGGCUGAAGCGGCUGCGGGACGAGAAGGACGAACACGGGAGAGCGUUCCAUGAGUUCAGGGAGGAGGCCUACAACAGCAGGUCCAAGUCGCCGCCGCCGCCGGAGGAGGAGCCCCCGGAGGGGGAGGAGGACGAGAGCCUGGUGAUCCUGGACACCUACACGUCUGACCUGCAGUUCCGUGCCAGCCGGGACAGGUACGGGGGGCAGCCCCUGUUCUCCGAGCGCUUCCCGGGGCUCUGGGCCGGCGCCCGCAGCACCCACGGCGUCACCCACGGCCGUGUCUGCUUCCAGGCCAAGGUUUCUCAGAACCUCCCAGGGAAGGAGGGGAGCUCCGAGGUUCCGCUGCUCAGGGUGGGCUGGUCCGUGGACUUCUCCCACUCCCAGCUGGGGGAGGAUGAGUUUUCCUACGGCUUUGACGGGCGGGGGCUGAAGGUGGAAAAUGGGAAAUUCGAGGAAUUUGGGGAGAGCUUCGGAGAGAACGACGUCAUCGGCUGCUUUGCUGACUUCGAGGGCGCCGAGCUGGUGGAGCUGUCGUUCUCCAAGAACGGGCAGGAGCUGGGGGCCGCGUUCCGCAUCCCCAAGGAGGCUCUGCGGGAGCGGGCGCUGCUGCCCCACGUGCUCUGCAAGGGCUGCGCCGUGGAGCUCAACUUCGGGCAGCGCCCCCAGCCCCUGGCCCCCGUCCCUGAGGGCUUCGUGUUCAUCCACGAGAUCCCCGCCCCGGAGAGGGUCCGCACCCCGCCGGGACCCAAAAGCACCGAGGAGUGCGAGGUGCUGCUCAUGGUUGGGCUCCCGGGCUCCGGGAAGACGCAGUGGGCACAGAAACAUUCCCAGGAAAACCGGGACAAGCGCUACAACAUCCUGGGAACGGAGCGGGUCCUGCACCAGCUCAGGACGCGGGGGCCGGAGCCGGAGGAGUUGGACGCCAAGAGCCGGGAGCUGCUGACUCAGCAGGCGGCGCAGUGCCUUAGCAAGCUGGUGCAGAUCGCCCCCCGCGCCCGCCGCAACUUCAUCCUCGACCAGUGCAACGUGUACAACUCGGGACAACGCCGGAAGCUCUCGGCCUUCAAGGGCUUUUCCAGGAAAGUCGUGGUGAUCGUCCCGGCAGAGCCGGACUGGGAGCAGCGCCUGGAGCAGCGGCGCCAGGCCGAGGGCGACGACGUGCCCGAGUCCGUCAUGCUCGAGAUGAAAGCCAACUACUCGAUCCCUGAGAAGAGCGAGUACGUGGACGAGGUCGUGUUCGGGGAGCUGGGCAGGGACGAGGCGGCGCCGCUGGUGCUGCGCUGGAAGGAGGAGGCGAGGAAGCAGCUCCCACCCUCGGAGAAACGCGGGAACCGCCGCAACAACCGCAACAAACGGAACCGGCAGAACCGAAACCGCGGCCAGGGAUACGUGGGGGGGCAGCGCCGGGGCUACGACAGCCGCGUCUACGGGGGCCAGCAGCAGCCGCAGUACUGGGGCCAGCCCGGCAACCGCGGGGGCUACCGGAACUUCUACGAGCGCUACCGGGGCUACGACGAUCGGUUCUACGGCCGCGACUACGACUACAACAGAUACCGCGACUACUACCGGCAGUACAACCGCGAGGUGCGGCCUUAAACCGGCCUUAAACCGGGCUUUAACCGGGCUUAAACUGGGCUUAAAUCGG